AAUCGUCAGUUUAGAAACAGAAUGCAAUAAUGAAUGAUCUAACUAAACCAAGACAACUCACGUAUAACACCUCGUGAGAACGUCAAACAAUAAAUAAAAUAUUGUUAAAUAAUAAUUAUUAAAAAUGUAUUUAUUAAAACGCGGUGAUGUGACAUAAUAAAUAUAUUAGUAUAAAUAUUAAAUAAAAUAAGUGAACAGUUGUUUAAUAAAUAUUUUAAAAAAUAAUAUAGUGUUAAUGGUGGUGGUGUUGUGGUGGUGAGUUAGCAUCGCAUCAUCAAUCGGUGGUGACAAUACACAAUAUACACAUGACAACUCACACACUAACGGGGAUUUUAAAACGCUAUGGUGAUAAAAUUACAGAUAAAAUAAUAAUAAUAAUAAUAAUAAUUACUACCGGAAGUAAUAUAGGAUAUUUAUUUGUUAGGUAGAUAAUAUAAAUGUUAAAAAUGUUGUGUAUAUUAUAAUUAUAAAAAUAAAAAUUAUCAUCAUCAUCAUCAUCGUGAUAAAUAAAUCACUAACAGUCUCAGAAGGAGAACCAGAAACAGAGGCUGAAGUGGCUGAAGCAGCAUCAAGAUGUCGUCGGGUCACAGCAGCCGAAGUAGUCGUGCUGCCCACAUAAGUUCGAUACUUCAAAAACUCCAAGGACGGUUUACCGACGCAAUGACUCCACCAAAAUUAUCAACAGAUAAACGUAUGCUCGACAAAACAUGGAAACUUAUGGACAAAGUUGUUAAAUUGUGUCAGCAUCAGCGAAUGAACUUAAAAAACUCACCACCAUUUAUCCUUGAUAUCCUUCCAGAUACCUAUCAGCGCUUGAGAUUAAUUUACAGUAAAUACGAGGAUCGUAUGUCCGUUUUGCACAGCAAUGAACAUUUUUGUGUAUUCAUAAAUAAUCUUAUGCGAAAGUGUAAACAGGCUAUCAAGUUAUUCAAAGAAGGCAAGGAAAAAAUGUUUGACGAGACAUCUCAUUAUCGUAGAAAUUUAACAAAACUCAGUCUCGUAUUCAGUCACAUGCUCUCUGAAUUGAAGGCCAUCUUCCCCAACGGCGUCUUCGCGGGUGAUCAGUUUCGCAUUACCAAGUCUGACGCCGCUGAAUUUUGGAGAGAGCGCUUCGGUAACAGUACUUUGGUCCCUUGGAAGGUUUUUAGACAUGAAUUAAAUCAAGUUCAUCCCAUAAGCUCGGGCCUGCAAGCGAUGGCAUUGAAAUCAACGAUCGACCUCACCUGCAAUGAUUACAUUUCAAACUUUGAAUUCGACGUGUUCACAAGAUUGUUUCAACCUUGGUCUACGUUGCUGCGCAACUGGAAAAUUUUGGCGGUCACGCAUCCUGGAUACGUAGCAUUUUUAACUUACGACGAAGUAAAAGCGCGCUUGCAAAAAUACUGCAUAACUAAACCAGGGAGUUAUGUCUUUCGAUUGAGCUGUACAAGAUUAGGACAGUGGGCUAUUGGGUACGUUACAUCCGAUGGAGAUAUUCUUCAAACCAUACCCCAUAAUAAAAGUCUGUGUCAAGCAUUGUUGGACGGCUAUCGGGAAGGAUUUUACUUAUACCCAGACGGACGUCAUGUGAAUCCCGAUUUGACGUGGGCCGUUCAACCUACUCCGGAAGAGCACAUCAAAGUAACGGCUGAGCAAUAUGAACUUUAUUGUGAAAUGGGCAGUACAUUCCAAUUAUGUAAAAUUUGCGCUGAGCAUGACAAAGACGUCAGGAUAGAGCCCUGCGGUCAUCUUCUCUGCACGCCAUGUUUAACAGCUUGGCAGGUAGAUUCCGAGGGCCAGGGGUGUCCUUUUUGCCGCGCAGAGAUAAAAGGAACUGAACAAAUAGUUGUGGAUCCUUUUGAUCCACGAAGAACACAUCGACCUGGGGCUCAAUCAGCAUCUGUUAGUAACGCAUCAACUCCUACGCGGGAUCUUGACCCUGACACCGAGGAUAUUAUAGAGCUGUGUAACGGGAAUUGCGGGGGAUUAAUAUGCGACGAUUCUGACGAAGAAGAAGAUUCAAGCCCGGCUAGUUCACCAGUACCUCCUCGAAGAAUAGUACCAAGUCCUCCUUUACCUCCUCGAAGACCAUCGCCGUCGCCAACUCCAAAUAAUCAUCCGAGAAACAGUAGCCGUCAUUUAACAGUACCUAAAGAAAAUGCACCUCCACCUCCUACUGUCACUGUUAUUCUUUCAUCCAGUGAAAAUCAUCAAAAUAAUAAAGCAACAACAGAAGCCAGGUACGACAUGCUGCACAGAGCAUCAUCGCCAUCGCCAGUCCCACCAGCAGUUGUACGACCCCAUGUACGAUCAUCGCACAUCAGACCACCAGCUUUGCCUGAAAAAGGUGGAAGACACUUAUCUUCCCAAUCACAAUCGCAAUCGACAACCACCGUGCCUCCAGUGCCACCUCCACUUUCCGCACCACGACCUCCUAAAGCGACUAAAGACCAAACUCCCAAGCAAGAUCAUCAUUAUGAAAACACAAUAUUAAUUCACGGGACUAAAGAACACGUUGUUAAAAAUAUCAACUUGGAGAUGAACCGUGCAAAGUUCACAGCACUUAUGAAAAGCAGAGAAGAACCUGGUGGCUCUUCAAUAAAACCUGAGGGUGCUGCUUAUGAAAAUGUCAAUGUUGAACACAUUUCCAGACUGACUGCUCUUGGCUUUGCACAAGAUGCUGUUAUCCGGGCUCUUGGGAUCAGUAGGAAUGAUUUAGAGAUGGCUUGCGAUAUUCUUAAUGAGUUUGCGACUAAAUCUUCUUGACCAGGUACAAAGACUGAUGGUUUAUGACCACCAGUACCUCCCCGUCGCUAUCUUUAAAAGGGGAAACUCCGGAACAAUGAUAUAC